UACUCUUUGGACAGACCAAACCAAUAAGAUCCUUGUCAGAUUAUAGACAAUACUAAUUUGUCGUAGGAAGAAAUACGUAUGUGUUUAUUAGACAAAUUAAACUGAGUUAUGCAUUAUUUUUCUUUAUGUAAAAUUGUUAAAAAAGUUUAAGAAAUAUAGCUGGUUGUAUAAAUUCUGUAAAAUUACUUUGCCAUUUUAUAAAAAAUAAAACUAUCUUGUUCUACCUGAAUAGUGUGUGGUUUCGCGUUCUUAAAAACAAAUAUCUAUUUUAGUGUAAAGUGCACUUGCAACUGUAAUUGUUUAUACUUAUGGUACGACAGCUAGCUAAGCGGAAAUAUCGUCUUCUUCAUAAAAAAUGGAAUGGGUUCUCAGAAGCCCUCAGCUCCAUAGCACAUUCAGCAAUCUUGGAUUUUUACAUUCAGAUGGAUAUCACGUAAAUGAACACUGCAACGCUGCCUUAGAAACUAUUUUACACAAUAUAUUAACAGAAGAUAAAUAUUUAUGUACCUAUCGUAGAAGUAUUAGCUUCGGUCAAAACAUAAAGAAGGAUCUUAUUCCAUUACUGAUUAAUGCAAAAGAAGAUAAAACUAUUGAACUACUAAUAAAAAUAUUAGUUAAUUUAACUAUACCUAUAGAAUGUCUACUUUCUAUGGAUGCUAUUUCCAAAACUGGCUUCGGGAGACACACUAUAUUUGAAGUAAACAAUUUACUAGCAACUACUAAACUCGCUCUGACAGACCAUCGGGCAACAAAAGUCAUAAUAGAAUUUUUGAAAAAAAAUUCAGACUUGGAGCAAAAAAGUAAACUUUCUUCGGAGCAAUGCGUAAAUAUUAGCAACACACUUCUAUUUCUGCGCAACAUCUUGCACAUACCUGAAGAUGUGAGCGAUCUGAGUCCCGUCUACAAUGGCGCCCCGCAUACAGUGCAAAAUCAGUUACUAUGGAACUUGUUUAGCCAAAAUUUUGACAUAGUUCUUAUAAAGCUUAUGUGUAUGCCAGAUGCGACCAAUUGGGCAGUUACAAUGGUACAAUUAAUAGCCCUAUUAUAUAAAGAUCAGCACGUCACAACAUUACAUAAACUUCUUAAUUUGUGGCUCGAUGCUUCUAUAUCUGAAAGUUCUGAAGACAAUGAGAGUAAUACGUCACCACAAGACAGAGGUAGUAAGGAUUCUUCGCCAAAUUUGACUUCCGAUCCAACUUCUGAUUCGUCGGACACCGGCGGAAGCGGCAAAAGUAACGACGACCCCAGCUCUGUGAACAACGACUGGGAUGCUUCUUCAAGAAACAACAUGAACAGUAGCCAACCAUUCCAGUCCCCGCGAUCCGCCGACAAUCACGCAUCUGAAACAAUCUAUAAUAAUAAUAGCGGCGAUAGCGGUGAUGGCGGCGAUGGUGGUGAUGGUGGUGAUGGCGGUGAUGGUGGCGAUGGUGUUGAUGGUGUUGAUAAUAAUAAAGAUACCACUAUGAAAAAUGAUACGCUGGUUUCCGUGUCAGGUUCAAAUGAAAACGAUAGUCAAAAUUAUCAACAAAGAAAAUCAGAAAAGAAAGUGGUCAUAUCAGAAAACUCUGAUUACGGUUACGUCACUCAAAUCGAAAAUCAGGAGUCGAUAUCCACAUCGAGCAACGAAGAUGAGUUGCCAACUAAAAAACCUCAGCACCAAAAACCGCACACGACCAAACAGAGAAUAAGUAACAAAGUACGCUCGAACCUCACGCUUCAGGAAAGAAAAAGAAAAAAAAUCGUCAAGAAAGGAAGAAUAAAUAUAACAACACUGCAAGGACACAAUACACUGACCGACGACGACAUUUCCAAUGUUUUGAAAGAAUUUACAGUUAAUUUUCUGUUAAAAGGAUAUAAUUCAUUAGUGAAGACGUUACAUAAAGAAAUUUUGACUAAUGUUCAACUCGAAAUCGAUACAUCGCACUUUUUUUGGCUCGUUACAUAUUUUUUGAAGUUUGCCACACAAAUUGAACUGGACUUGGAGCACGUUUGCUCAGUGCUGUCGUUUGAAAUCAUUUCAUAUUUGACUGCGGAAGGCGUAAAUCUGUGUGAACAGUUUGAACUUGCUAGAAAAUUGGACGGAAAUGACUUGAAACCUAACGUUCGAAGAUUACAUCUGGUGGUGACAGCCAUCCGUGAAUUCGUUCAGGCAAUUGAGUUGUACAAGAAAUCGCCGCAUACUUGCGAUGAUGACCAAGACAAGCUGGUGUCGCUGCAAAUGAAGAUGUGUGAGACGAAUGAAUUGCGCUCGCUUUUAGUGUUGCUUUUACGUCAUUACAAUCCUAAAUAUCAUCCGAAACAAUAUUUACAGGACCUUAUUGUAACCAACCACAUUUUAUUGAUGUUUUUGGACAACGUUAUGAAAAUGCCGGAUUACAAAGGCACGACCAGUAUGCCUGAUCAUAUAAAACAGUUUGCAACGCCUGAAAUAAUGUCACAAUAUGGGCUUUUGCUGGAAGAUUACGAAGGCAAUGGGGAGUUUGUCAACGACUGCAUUUUCACCAUGAUGCAUCACGUUGGCGGAGAGCUGGGAUGCGUCAUAGCUUUGUUCCAGCCCAAGAUUUUGAAAACUUUCACAUCCAUAUGGAAAUCUGAGUUCGAGACUUGCGAUGAUUGGUCCGAUCUAAUUGAGUACGUUAUAAAUACGUUCAUAAAGAAACCUCAAUCGUUGCAAAGUACUGGAACUUUCCGACUUGAGUCUGAAAGCUUCGAUGUAGCUCAAAGCAAAGAAGCAGGAAAGGACGUCGGAGUCAAAAGAAAAUCAACUACAAGCAGCGUAACGAAUGCUAAAGAGAGAUGGACAGAGGAUGAAAUUUCUUCUUUGAGCUGGAAUUACAUGCAGUGUAACACAAUGUCAGAUGUGAUCGGCGAAAUACUGAAGUUAUUUAAAGAGGACGGGGUAAUCAAAAAGAGGGAUUCCGUAAUAAAGGAACUUUUCAAACAGUCAAUAAUAAACAAGGAAGAAUUCGAGAAACUUCUUAAAUCCGAAAUGGACAGGAACUCUAAAGCUGUACAAAUUAACAAAGAGAUGCGAGAUGACGAAAUAGGAAAGCUUUGCGAGCAGUUGACACAGGAUGGCAAGUCCAAGUUUUUGGAUUGGGUUCAAACAGUGUUACUGGACACUUGCUAUGCCAAAAUAUAUUUCGAGAAGAAAGCACAAAUGGAUAUAGAUUUUACCAAAAAAGAUAACAAAGGCAUUAAUAAUAACGCAGAUGAACCUGUCGCUUCCCCUGUGUCGUAUCAUUCAUUGGUUUUAAACCAAUCCGUACCACUGGUGCCGUGGAAUUGCGAGCAAGCUUCAAUGUGUAAGGAUUUAAAAUUCCUGCAACUUUUGCAUAAGCUGGGCUUCCACAUGCCCGUCGAUUCGGGCAAAGUUUUUAUUCGUAUACCUCACUUCUGGACGCCUGAUUUUAUUUUCGAUGUGGCAAGUAAAAUAUCACCGAUUGAUAAAUCUAAAUUGAAGUUUUCCGUGAGUGAAGUUAUGGAGAGCAGUGUAACGAAGUCGAAUCAGAGGAACUCUUCAGCGUUGCCGGCGAUCACAAAAGACGCGAUAAUGACCACUCCUCUUGAUAAUUUCUAUCAAGUAAACAAACAACAGCACUUUGGUACCGUCGUUAACUUCACUCCUAUGCCUGGUUCAUCAUUCAGUUUGAAUGAAGAUGAAUUUCAAAAGCCCAAUUGGCUGGAAGUAGUUCAAAAAUCACAAGAAUACAAGAUAUCUUUUGAUCUUGGAAGCACUAUUUUGAAAGAAGAGAUAAUCGAAGUGAAGGUAACGGAGGUGCAGGGCAGGGUGGGUGAGGAGGGAGUGCGCGAGGAGGCGGGGCGGGCGGGGAGGGCGCGGGGGCAGGAGGCCGGGGCGGGGGAGGGGCCAGAGGAGGAGGAGACGUCGUGCAUGCCGGACGCAGCGCUCGCGAUGCCCGCCGCCAUGGCCGCCAUGAGCGCUAAGCCCGAUGUCAACUACAACUUGCACCACAUGGAGUCUGAAUAUUACAACAGUGUGUGCGAGACGGCGUCGGUGGCGUCGGACCUUACGCGCAUGUACGUGUCGGACGAGGAGGAGAAGCCGGAGCCGAUGCGUCCGACGCGCGCGCUCGAGGUGAAGGCGCUUAGCGACGAGCUGUCAUCCAGCGACACGGACAGCGUCACGCCCACCGUCGAGAAACGACCUAGAGUCACUUUCUUUCCUACCUUUUGAAAUAGAAACAUUUAAGUGUCGUAAUCACUAGAUACUAUUACUUUAUAAUACAGCAAUCGAUUUAUUUUUUGUAGUGUUACCGCAUAGUGUAAGUGAUCAUGUUAUACAACUAGUAUGUGUUGUUGGUCCUCGUUUAAAUUGAUGUUUCUCGAUGUCUUAUAAUUUUUUUUAUGAUUGCAAGUCGUUCUUGCCGUGCGGAAGGAAAGUACAACAUCGUAAUGUGCCGGAAGUCUUCGGACAGCUCUUUGUAUUCAGCUGCACCUCUCUCGGCGGCGGAGACAAAGGACGCGAUACUCUAUUUUUAAUUAAUAUUAAUUUUAUAUUUUGACAUUUAUAUAGAUUAUAAGCGGUUAUUGUGGACAUGCAAAGUUUAUAGAUUUCUUUUGUUAUAAUAAAAAAAAGUUUUGGUUUUUA